CUGCAUUCGAUUUAGGCUAGUUUUGACAUGUACUAAUUCGAUAACUAUUUAUCCACAAUUCAACAAAGAUUUGUAACUCGUGAAAUUCGACUCAACAUCUCAAUGCAUGAGCAAGCAACUGUUGUAGCGCAUAAAAAUGCAUGAGUUGCAUGCAACUGUUGCAUGCAACUGUUGCAUGCAACUGUUGCAUGCAACUAUCAUGAUCGAUAAUUUAGAUUUGAAGAUACAUGUGAAGGAAUUAGUAAAGACUAAUAAUUUAGAUUUGAAGAUACAUGUGAAGGAACUAGUAAAGACUAAUCGAAUUGACGAUGAACUUUGUGAACCAUAGCAAAAAUGUCAUAAAGACCAAAGUUUAGUGACUAAAGGGUCAAUGACUCGAAUGUUUAGUGACCGUUUGGGUAAAUUAGGGCCAUAUAUUGUCAUGAAAAUCCAAACCGCAAUUUUCCCUCCUUUCCUCAGAUAUUUUUGUUUCUUUCCAUCGUCUCUCUCGCUUCUUCAAGGCCACUCAUCUGAUCUCAUUCUCAUCAUGUAACGGAAAACACCCCUCCAGUCCCUCUUCCUCUUCUUCUUCUCCAUACAGUCACAGAGCAAAUAGCUACCAACAAUGGCGGCUGUAACCGGCGCGCUGGGAGCUCUACGAUUGAACCCUACGAAUGCCGCAACGUUCCACGCCGAGCCUCCGCGACUCUGCAGCUUCAACUCCCAAGGACAUAGACGGAAGCCUUGCCGCAAUGUCCCGUGCCAAUCGUCGCUGACGAACCAGCAGCAACAGCAGAAGAACAUUCCCUUAUUUUCAGAACCGGAGAACCGGCUGAUCGACGCUCUCAUCGGAAUCCAAGGCCGCGGGAAAUCUGCCAGUGUUCAGCAGCUUAACGAAGUGGAGCAAGCAGUGAGGGUUCUGGAAGGACUAGAAGGGUUGCCUGAUCCGACAGAACGGGAAUUGAUAGAAGGCCGUUGGCAAUUGAUGUUCACCACGAGGCCAGGAACUGCUUCCCCAAUUCAGAGAACGUUUGUGGGUGUUGAUUUCUUCAAAGUGUUUCAAGAGGUAUACCUUCGUACAGACGAUCCCCGAGUUUCCAACGUUGUGGUGUUCUCUGAUGCUGUUGGUGAGCUCAAAGUGGAGGCUGCAGCAUCAAUUGCAAACGGGAAGCGGAUACUCUUCCAGUUCGAUAAGGCGGCUUUUUCCUUGAAAUUCUUGCCCUUCAAGGUUCCAUAUCCAGUGCCAUUUAGGCUGCUUGGGGAUGAAGCAAAGGGUUGGCUGGACACCACCUAUUUGUCCCCCUCUGGAAACCUUCGCAUCUCAAGGGGGAAUAAGGGCACCACGUUUGUGCUGCAAAAGGAAACUGAACCUAGGCAAAGACUGUUGUCAGCCAUCUCUACGGGAACACAAGUCAUGGAGGCAAUCGAGGAGUUCCUACGGGCCAAUGACAAUGUAGGUCAAAGUGAACAAGAACUUGUUGAAGGAGAAUGGCAAAUGGUGUGGAGUUCUCAGACAGAAACAGAUAGUUGGAUAGAGAAUGCUGCCAAUGGUCUCAUGGGAAAGCAGAUUGUGAAAAGCAAUGGACAGCUGAAGUUCGUGGUGGACAUGUUUCUUGGACUCAAAUUCUCCAUGUCCGGAACGUUUGAGAAGUCCAGCAGCAGCAGCAACAACACGUACAGCGUGAUAAUGGACGACGCAGCCAUCAUUGGGGGUGCAUUUGGGUACCCCAUAGAGCUGCAAACCAAGAUGGACUUUGAGUUGCUAUACACAGAUAGCAAAGUGAGAAUCAGCAGGGGUUACAAUCGCAUUCUCUUUGUGCAUGUACGGGUCGAUGGAACCACAGUGCAGAAAUGAGCCCCUUCUGUCAGCCAAAGCCAACUCGGAGAGCUGUACCAGUAUAUGCUAAUUGUACAUUGAAUUGUGUAAAUACCAAAUAGUGAUGGCCAGUUCAUUCGGAGAAUGAAUCUAAUUAUGAAACUCCCUACUUAGGCAGGCAGAAGUGCUAUCUACCUUCAUUGCAAGAGUAAUGACCCAAUAUCUUCAUUACAAACCAAAUCUUACUUAUUGAAGUGGAUUGAUCUUCUUCAUUAUUACCAUUGUUUGUUGGUUAGAUCUAAAGUCACAUCUUCAUUGUGACAUUUUGUGAUUAAUCCUAACCCAAUAUUAAAUUACAAUUCAUUCAAGCCAAAGUAAUACUCAACAAAGCAUUCAUGUAAGAUUGUUCGAUAGUCAUCACUGUGACACUCGUCACAACAAAAAUAAAUGGUGAAAUGACAGACAAAAAAAGACAAGAUGUUUGACCGAACUAAAGGAAUCGAAACUUUUUUUGGGUAUGAGACUAAAAGGUUUGAAACAGUUAGCAAAUAGAUAAGCCAGUUCAGUAGCAUAAAUUCUUUCAUAAACAAUAAAAGGCGAAGCCUCUCAAACCUUGACUUCAGAAUUAUGCUACUACUUGAAAUGUCAUUUGUCGGUUCAAGUAUCUUUGAUAUUCUGUUGUCAACCAAUUUGAUAAGUAAUAACUAACAACACAUAUAUUAUAUAUUGACUUGUAAUGAAACUAUACUGCUUUU